AUGGCCUUCGAGAAGGACGGUCGUCUGGACCUGGUGAUAGCAUUCGGGGUGAAUGGAGCUGCCGCGUUGAUGAUGUUGGUGGGCGGGAUGGUGGUUUUCAGCAGCAAAUUGCUGCGCGCGGCCAAUUCGCUGGUUCUGGCAUUGGCGCUCGGCACAUCGGGAGGGGUCACGCUCUUCAUCGCGCUGGUGCCGCUGUUCUCCAAUUCAUUCUCGAAAUUUGAGGACGCCUUCACGUCCAAUAGCGAAAAGUCUGGAUCUGGAUCCGACGACAGCGACACGAUCGAGGGCGACGCCUGGUUGGCGGCUACGGGCUCCUUCAGUGGAGGGAUUAUCAUCAGCUACCUCAUUGACUUCAUCGUGCACCAACUUACCCCUGGCCAGAACCCCAACGGAACUACUCGCGCCCAAGAAGUGACACGUGACUCCAUGGAGUCAUCAAGCAGCAAGGUGGAUAUGAGACCCCCGUUAGAGUUUAUCGAGGAUCCGGGGCUGGAUAUCUUCGUUCGCAUGGACGAGUCGGCCAAGCAAAAGCAUCAGGCGAUGGGGAUUCUAAGUGCCAUCGCGGUGGGCAUCCACAAUAUCCCGGAGGGCAUGGCUACAUUCGUUGCUUCGUCCGAGCAACUCUACAUCAGUGUGUCGUUGGCAAUUGGUGUCGGCAUGCACAACAUCGCGGAAGGGGUAGCGGUCGCGGCCCCGAUCUACUUCGCUACGGGGAGUCGUUGUAAGGCGCUGCUGUGGUGCUUCUGGUCGGGUAUCGCGCAGGUGAUCGGUGGGGUCAUCGCGUACGCGAGCAUGGGCAUGGGACGCGGAUGA